AUGAGACAUUACGGACCACAACAGCCAAUGUAUUACCAACAACCUGUGCAACCUAUCUACGUUCAACAAGCUCCACCUCCACCUCCAAGAAACGAUUGUUGUUGUGGUUGUUGUAAUUGUUGUUGCGCAUGUUUCGAUGUAAUUUCCAAGGUUCUUUGUUGCUUAUGUCUAUUUGAAGUAUGUUGUUCGUGA